CAACUAACUCCUUUUAUGUUACAUAAUAAAUGUUAAAAGGUUUUACGUAUAUGAUUUUUGUAUGGAGUCAUAGAAACUAAUAUGACUUCACAAUCAUCAUCGCUUUCCUAACAACUGACCCUAUUAUAAAAAUGUGUGAUAUGAUGAAGUCGCAUGAACUCAGUAUAACUCAGGGCCAUAUCAUUACGGGAUUUACGGGUCUAACUUCGGGUGGUUCCUCACAGUCGCCACUUGAAAUCUUGAUCUACCAAUUGAGCGGGCGGGCCGAUCCAUUUAUCCCGAAUGCGAAAACAGAAAAAAGUCAAAUCAAUGGAAAGCGACCAGAUGCAACAGGGGGCCAGGAACAAAAGUUACCGCAUAACGUUAGGGCAGGAGAUGGUGGGGUGUGUUGGAAUGAGCUGUCUUCCUUGUACAUUGCUCGUUUAUACACGUAAUUAGAGGAGUUUUGGUAUCAAAUUUUACUCCUCUUUGAAUGAAUUGUCUGUGAAUACAGACAAUUAAAGGGAUUUUGUGUAUAAUUUGUAUACAAUUCAUGUACACUAAACAUUUUUCUCUUGACUUUAGCUGACUUAGCAAAUUUGAUGUAUGAGCAUGUCCAAUGUAAAAAUGUGAACGAUGCAC